AUGGCCACACGUGCUGAGCGCAUGCAGCAGCGCAUUCGUGGUGCUGGACAUGGACAAGUCGAAGAAGUGUCCUUCCAGCUAAUGCUGAGUGACGAGACAACAUCGACAGUCGCACCAACGAGCCCGGAGAACCCUCCUGCACCGACCCCGCCCGUUCAAGCAACAAGGUCGACGCCCAACACAUCCGCGAAGCGAAAGCGACUCGGAACAAGCCCUGAGAGGCAAGAUGAUCGCUCCAAAGCCGGCGCAGAGAAGCUCGCCAUCACUGCCCGCGAAGAGCCAGGAGAUGCGACGCCAGUUCCGAGACUUGCGACGCCAGAAGCUGCUGCGCCUGUUGACGAACUCGAUGGGCCGGUUUCUCAGCAGCCAGAAAGUAUCUCGUCAGCAGGGUUACGUGCGUCGAGGACAUCAGCCCGCCGCGAAGAGAUAGAAGAAAGCCCGGCGACAGCACCAGCCACCAGGAAGCGACGUGCCGGAACCGCCGACGGGAUUCUCAGUUCAGGCACACAGCUGCAGCAAAUACUCGACACAGUGAUAGACGAGGACGCUGAUGCGGACCCCUUGUCAUCCCCUCUAGUGGAAAGGCAGCGGCGGACAUCUGGCAGCAUCACACGGAAGACGCGAACUCCGAGCAAGCGGCGAAGCCCUCUUAGCGCUGGGUCUGAAGCAGCGCAAGCCGACGCGCGGUCGCCGGAAAUAUCAUCCCCGCAAUUAGCAACAUCACCCAUCGUACAAUCGGGACCUUCCCCGGAGCUCUCGUCCCGCAUUCUGCCCGAGGAGGAAGUUGAAACACAGCCGCCUGUCGUUGAAGAGGAGGAACAGAACAAUGCCGAAGACAAUCUAGCGAAGGAGGUGUCCAACCAGGAGGCAGCUAAGCGGCUCGGGGGAAAACGUUCUCGCCGUUUGAUGCGAGAUCCAUCUCCGGAGUCCGCGACUGCCGUCGAGCAGGACGAGCAUAUUGAAGAGGUGUCACCGAAGGAGCCAGUACCCAAACGCCGAAGAACAGCGGUCAAGGCUAGUCCUGCAAAGCAGAAACAAGGCCGGAAGAAGAAGACCUCGGCGACAUCAACAUCGGAGCCUACAAAGACAAAGCCUAAAAUUGCCGCCAAGGCCCGACAACCCAAGGUGGCGGAUAGCCCAGAUGAAGGGGUCUUUGAGAUUCCAGUACAGCGUUUCACGAAGAGGGGCCGACCUGCCGAAGGCGAGGAUCCCGACUUUGACCUUAUCAGUGCCGACAUCCCGUUUUCCAAACGGUCAGGUGUGAAUACGAUUGAUGUUCUCGCUCAGAUGUGCGACGAAAUCAUCCAAUCUAGCCUUAACACUCUGCGUGACGGUGUGCAACGUGCCCCGGAUGCAUCCGCAAAGAAAGAACUUCGCAUCAAGACUUGCGCACUGGAGGCAUUUCAGGCGGAGCUGGGGCACAGGUUUCUCGGACAUACUAUCCAGGUCGACCACAUGCAUGCUCUUCGGGGGCGUAUACGGCGCGAACAGGCUGAGAAGACAUCGCUGCGAGACGAAAUUAUGCGUCUCCGGGCAGAACGAGAACAAGUUGCUGUUCGCAAAGAUGCUGUCAGAUCUAAACACGAAAAGGCGAGAAGUGAGGCAUUGCACCAAAUCAGUACCUCUUCAGCCAUGCACGAUAUCGAUCUCGCCGUAGAGCGCGGCCGUGGCGCCGACGACUUGUCGCCGGCGGCUGAGAAGAAAGCCAAUCUGGCAAACCUUGAGCUCCUCAUUUCCAGAAUAACCGACCAAGCAUGCACCAACAGUGAUGUCGGCGGCACAGCUCGACAAUUGAGGGACUUCAAUGCCUUCCUCGAAAGAGCGGCAUUGGCUAUGGAAAACAGAUGA